CAAUUUAUAAGGUUCAAAGGAUUUUAUUCUGUAAUGUCAUCUGUUUUGCGGCGUGCCAUUUGUAUUUGAUGUCCAGCAGAAAAGAGAACAUAGAAAAAUUCAAAUUGUCAUAUAUUUGAGAUUAGAGGAUAUCAACCAUGGUAUCAUGAGAGAUUUAUUGUAAUAUUGAAAAAAGGUGAAGAAAGUCUUGGAUUGUAUUCCAAGUAAACAUGAAAAUUGUCACUGGACAUUGCAGAUUGAUCCCUCUUAAGCCAAUAUUUGUCAAGUAUCCUUAAUGUGUGUUCAUUCCUUCCUUCCUUCUUUUCAGACUCGCGACCGCAGAUUGACCCGUCUAAGUUUGACAUGGACGAGGCCGAGGCUGCCAACAUGCUGAUAUCGUUGGGCAACUCGCGAUCGGGAACGCCGUCUUUCACACCGAUUCAGCAUCACUCGGCUCCCCACUCUCCCCGUACCGCUUCCAAGACACCGUCUCCUGCUCACUUCGGCCACCGCAGUCAGACCACUUUCAUGCCCAUCUCACAGAUGCAACACGGCUCUCACUCUGGCACUCCAAGCCGGUGGGGAAGCAGUACACCAAUCUCUGGAAGGUCAUCUGAGGUCACAUCCCCUAGACUCCAGCCUGGUCACAGCUCCAGCUCUACACCGACGGUGCAGACAGGACUCAAUUUUGCAACCCCGGUCAGCCCUCACAAGCUCCAGAUUCGCAUGGAGCAUGCCAAAAGGGAGUAUUCCAGGAGAACAGAUAGCCAGGACUCUGGAGUGGAACUAAGCGGAAGUACUCCCAAAUCGCCCGUCUCGGCCCAGCUCUCUGGGUCGUCGUCAGGCACGCCUAGCCAGCUGUCGGGACAGCAUAUCCUAUCGCCGGUCAACGUCACAAAGCAGCAGCCAAGAGCAGUAUCGACACAGGCUCAGCAGCAGCAGCAGCAACAGCCACAUCAGCAGCAUCCUCAAGGAGAGAAAAGCCACUUUGAGUUCCCUCCACCUCCAUCUGAGAACAAACUCCGAGCUGCUCUCUUGGCUCCACCGAAUCAGACAAUGUCUGGCAGUAUCCAUGUCCAGGAAACCCAGACAAGUCCCAGUAAUGAUAAGACCAGUAAAGGAACACAGUCAAAGGAAGGGCAUUCUGGAGAUGAUGUAUUUGUCCAAGAAACUAGGAGGCAGAAGAGCGGUGACCAGGGGAGAGAGGUUCCUCAAGGUGGGCGCGUCGUACCCCAAGGCGAGCAGCAGGUUGGCCAAGCUCCCAUGACUCCAUCAGCUCUAGUACCGCUGGUGACAAAGGGCGCAAAGGACAGUAGCAAAGGAGAUAAGAAGGAUGGGAGUGCCCAAGUUGUAGUCCCACCUGGCCAUGUACCUGUCUUUUACUGGCAUUCUCUGGUCCCUAUCUUCAACAUCAGUCAUCCUUCUGCUUCUUCCUCUCCGACACCCAGCGAAGCCCAGGCUAUACCUGGCAGUCAGCAAGGAGCAGCCAGUCAGAUGCAAGGUGAUACGAUAAAGUUGUCUGGAGUGAGAACGGUGCAAGGAACGACUAUCCUGGGAAAACACGAUGGACUCCUGCCAAAAAGGGAAGAAGGACCCAGUGCGUUCACCUUCCCUCCCACUGCCGAUAGCGUAUCUCCCAGUAAGAGACGAUCACAAUCUCUCAGCUCGUUACCCAAGGAUGAGAAGGAACCAAGAAGUCCAAGAAAGAGUCGAGACAAAGACCAUGUGAGGCGUCCCAUGAAUGCUUUCAUGAUCUUCAGCAAGCGACAUCGAGCUCUGGUCCAUCAAAGACAUCCCAACCAAGACAAUAGAACUGUCAGCAAGAUCUUGGGAGAGUGGUGGUACGCACUCAAACCAAAGGAGAAACAGAAAUACCAUGAAUUAGCAUUCCAGGUGAAAGAGGCUCACUUCAAGGCCCAUCCUGACUGGAAGUGGUGCAGCCGGGAGCGCAAGAAGUCGGCGAGCGGGGGGUCGGGUUCCGGCGGGCAUUCCACCAGCCCCAUGGCUAGCCCAGGCCCCCUGACAAGCCCCGGCCCACUGACCAGCCCUGGUCCCGUCACCAGCCCGCUCCUCCUCUCCCCAUCACAUCACAUGAUGAGCCCACUGACCAGCCCGCUGCCACUGAUUAGCCCCAGUCAGCUGACUAGCCCAGGUUCUCUGCAUCGGGCUAGCCCAAGUAGGAUGCUGAGUCCUGGAAGGCUUCGGAGUCCGAUCCAUGGGGAGAUCCAUAAAGAGAAGAGAAGACUAUUUGAGUCUGAUAGUGCAGACUCUGGUCCUAGUCCUGCUUGGGAACCAGUUAAAUCGGAUACAGAGAAGUCUUUAUCGCUUGGCCCCAUCCCUGAGAAGGAGAAAGCGCCCUCGACCAUCAAGCAGAGUCCAGUGCCAAUGGAGCGUUGCCAAUCGGCGGCCAUGUUGCAGCUCCCACCUAAGAAGCGUUCGUUGAGUCUGAGUCAUAUGACCAUGGGAAGUCCAACCAAUCUUCACUCUCCAAGGCCGACGCCUCCCACACCCAAACAGACCACACCCAAUCCAGACAGUACUCCGGGCCGCUCCUCCCCCCUGAAGCCCAAGGCGGGUGAUGAGCCACCGUCGACCACCAAACCUCUCGCACCCCUGACCCCUCUCAAGCAGCACCCCAGACCUCGGCUAGAAUCGGAGGAGACGCUGAGUGAUGACGAGAGGAUGGUCAUCGAUGAGGAGGGUGAUGACGAUGUCAUUGCUGCCGAUGGAGAAGAGAGAAAUAUGCCACAGAGCAAACGCAUUGAUCUGGAAUGCAAGGAAAACGUGGAAGUCAGUGACUCAGAGACAGAAUCUGAAAACGAGACGACGAUCGAGAACAAAGCGUUCCCUCAGCAGCGUUUCUCCCCGGUCAUGAAGCAGCAGCUCCCACCCUCUGACAAACCCUACAGGCCUAAGCCAAUCAAGAUCAAGCCUGAUUCAAACUCACCAAUCAGGAACGAGAUUGGAGGAGAUCAGACGGACGGAGCAUCCUCCAGGCCGGUGACGACGAAGAGCACGUUCCAGCCGACCGGUGCGGUGUUCAAGGCGCAUUCUCCACGUGGGAGGACGGAUGCUGUCGGGAGCAAAGCGAAAGCUUUCCAUGAGUAUCAUCCGUGGAAAGGAAAAGCAGACUCAAAUCAGCAACAGACUUUAUCUAAAUCUGAACCUGCAGGACAGGAAAGGACAAAUGAAUCUAAGGAUUAUCAGGGUACAACGCAUCAGGGAUUGGAUGAUAGAAGCGGGAAGGACCAGAGAGACAGUAGCGUGUCUGGACAAGAGCCUCAGCAUUCCGCACCCCGAGAGGCAUUGGUCAGGAACACUCAUUCGGUUGGAUUACCAACCACCGUGCGCAUUGCACCAAGCCCCGGGGCGGUGAUUGUCCCAGGUCAUGUGACCAUAGCUCCGAACAGGCCGUCGUCUACUCCGGCCAACUUGAACCAGUCAUUGCCAACGUCUGUCAUUGUUGCGAGGACAUCGGACAUACAGAGUAAUGUCCAAGGAAGCGGGAACUUGGCGACGUUAGUGCCAACCUCAGUCCAAGCAAUUGUUAGCAGAGGAUCUACCUUACAGCGUGCCUCGAGCAUGGAGUUCCAGAGUGGCGUCGUUCAGAUCGGGAGACCGGGUGGACUCACUAAUGUGACUAUUGCUUCGCCAAGUACACCCACGACUCCUAAACCGGGAUUCGCAAACAUCAAACCUCUCACUACGAAUAUGAUCGCCACGAAUGCCGUCAACGUCAAUACAAUCCAGGGGAAGAUACUAGCAACCCCGCCCCCAGCAGAAGCACCUGUCCAGGUCCCAACGACCCCAACAGUUCUGACCAACUUGGUUUUGAAACCUAACGGGAGCGUGGUUCCAGUGCAGACGUACAACAUGGCCCAGAAUCCUGCAGUGGCGCAGCUCCAGUACAUCCUGCCCUCUAUCCCACAGAUUAACACGGGGUCGAAGGUCACCGGCACGACCAACGUCCAGGUCGGGAGUCUCCAACUGACCCCGACACAACCCCAGUCUCAGGUGACCAUCAAGGCUGUCCAGCAACCAAGCCAAGUCACCCUUGUCACCAAUCAGACUCCAGGGGGCGCGCCACAUGCCAUAUCGGCUACCUCCAUCAACCAUGCUGCGCCCAACACGGGAAUGAUCACCCAACAGAUCUUCAACCAUGGGAACAUCCACACCGUUAUCCCGGUUAUCACGACGCAACCGCUACCGAUGAAUCUUGCUCAGCAGGUAGUCACUGUGUCUCAGUCAUCAGGAUUCCAGACGAACACUCCGCAGUCUCAGCAGAGAGUCACAAUAGGGCCUGGGGUGAGCUCGCAGCCGGUGAACAUCAUCACCCAGCCCUGCAGUCCAGUGGUCACUGUGGCCGCAGCGGCCAUGGGGAAGGGUACCGUGUCCACUCAGGCACUGACUUUCUCCAAUACGGCCCUCCUAACGACACAGCACCAGCAGCAGCAACAACAGAAGUUUGUCUUGCCUCAAGGUCAAAGGACUGUGACGUACGUUCAGUCGGCAGCCGCGGCCUCGCCUAACCCUGUGAUCAUCCAGCAAGGGGACGCACUGAGAGGGAACGGGGGCAAGACUAAGAUACAAGUACCCACUCUGAUUCAACCAGCUCUCAUGCCAGUCAAGACCACCAAUACUCAGGGUUCCGCUAAGAUUCUACCAGCAACCAAAGCUCCCGUUCAGCCCCAGUCACAGCUCACCGUCGCCCCCAAACCGGUCAAGACAGUACCCCCUCUCAAACCAGUCCUGAGCCUCGCCCCUUCCCCGCAGGCAUCUCACCCUCUGUCCCAACCCAUCACCGGUAUCGUCAUGACCAACCCCGCCCCCGCAUCCUACUCCCUAUCCACCCCAUCAUCAUCAUCCGUGACAAUGUUUGCGGGCCCCCAGCCUGCGGGGAUGACGCUGUCGACGGCGAUGACGACGACGUCCGCGCGGCAGGUUGUGAUGCAGGGGACGACAAUGGUCGGGCAACCCAUCCCAAUCACUGUCUCCAUCAAGCAAGGGGAUGCGGCAUCCGGUAGAGGGAAUAUCAGCGGGAUGCUGCAUCACUCUAAUACUGCGCCCAACGCAACAAUAGGUCAGACCCAGCUUCAGAUCGACAACUCCGGCAUCCAGCCGGGACCCAAAAAGAUCAAAGCCACCCUGGCUACCAUCCCAGUCGUGACUACCUUGCCACCCCAUAGUCCCUCGGGGACGGGCCGUGCGACCAUGGGCACCACCAUGCAGAUCGGCCACUCCAACGGCAGUGUUUUCACAUCCGGGUCUGCCCCUUCAGCCAGCCAGGGCUACGCCAGCUACAAAGCCAUGCCCAAGCUUGCACCUAUCCAGAGCGCGUCCAGUGAGAAAGGGGGCGGGAAGAGGAAUGCGAUCGGCAGUGGUGGGAAAGAGGGCAGUUUAGACAAGAGUGCUGCUCCAGGGAAGGUUGACAUGCAUGUCCCGAUCAGGCAAGGUGGUGGUGGCGAGAGCCACGUUCAUGCAGCACAGACUGUUCAAAGCUUAAGAAAUCUACCAAGGAACUCCCAGGAGGACCCCAGAAAGGACUCCCAAACAGAUACAAAAGAAAAAAAUCUGAACAGGGAGGAGAAAGUGAAUAGGAAAGACACUGAAAAACCUUCACCCCUUUCACACGCAAGUGAUAAACCCGCAAGACAGGGUGAUGACGGUGACGUGAAGAGGGAUAAAGACAGACUGGAAACGGACAAACCAGAGCUGAUCAGUACUAAUCAAGGAUCGAGUGGACAUGAGACGGGUCAUGAGGAUGACGGAGGUCAUGAGGGGUCAAGGGUCAAACCACAGAGGUCAUGCAAAGGUCGUCUGUACAGGAAACAUAUGGAAGAGAAUGGCAGAGGCAACAAGCCGCCGAGGAGAGAAACCAGGUCUAGCAAGUCGGCAGAGAGCCCAAUCCAGGAAGAAGAAACUGUCUUUCAGUCGCCUAGCAACACGGACACAGACCCACCCCCACCCCCACCCUCCUCCUCAUCGUCAUCUGUUGCAAUAAGGCCCGCUGAGGGAGGAGAGAGUCAAGGCGAUGGACAUGACAAGGAGAAGAGAGAAAGUGAUGGACCAGUCGAUUCGGAAGAAAAGAAGGAUGAACGGUCGCAAGAGGCCUCUUCACAGGCAGAGCCAGCAGGACAGGUCGAAAAGCCAUCCAACGAACGGCCUCCUUCCCCAGCCCCUCAGCCAGCUCCAAACCAACAGGACACGAGCACCCCUACCAAAGAAAAUGGACAGGCCCACAAGCCCGCCACCACCAGCGAUGAGGCAUCUGCUUCAACCUCUGUCGCCAUGGAUACGCAUGCAUCGACCUCGGGAGCAAUGGGAGGAAAGGACGGCAGUAGGCAGUUCUCGCACAUACUGAAGAGAAAAAUUGACGACGGGAUGGAAAAAUUCCGUACGCCACAAUCCAGGGUCCUUGAGGAGGUAAACUUUGAAGCACAGUUCCGACAGCUUCCCGAGUACCACCCCGAGGACCACACCAAUGAGAGAAAUGUCAUCCCGCUCACCCCUGAGGCUAUUGUCAGCAGCUAUAGGAGGAAGAGGAAAGGAUCCACAAGUAAAAGCGAAUGCGAUUCUGACAACGACCCAACGUCACCAUGCAAGCUGAAAUCACCCCACCGUAGGAGCUCGAGCAGCUCCGAACCCAGUACGCCUGGCAAGAGAGUGAUCGGGGACGACUCUGUCUUCAAGUUCAGCGACAAGUCAGCUGUAGAGGCCUUUACCACCAACAUGCGAGAUGAGUUGGAUGAAUAUGAAGGAGAGCUUGAUCGCUCUGCAUCGUCCUCUUCCUCUUCCCUCUCCACGCUGCGAAGGAUCUUGGAUCAGAGACGGAUCCUCGUCACAGAGCUCUUCAAGACCAAUGGCUACUUCCCAUCUGCUGCAUCCACUGCCGCAUUCCAGUCCAAACACCAGGACAUGUUCCCAUCCAAGAACUGCCUCCAGCUGAAGAUCCGUGAAGUCCGCCAGAAGAUCAUGCAGCAGUCGUGGGAUGAGGAAGGCCAGGAAGGAGAACCCAUGGUACCAGGUACCCCAUCCACACCCAAAUCUCCAGUGCCCGGGAAACUUCACCUGACGUCCGUCAAGAGCGUUCGCCUCGGCGGUCCCAAUCCCACUAGUAAGAUGGCCCUGUCGUCCACCCCACUCAGCAGCUCCAACUCGGCCCUCACCGCCAAGUUCACCCUGACCCCAGCUCCGCCCCCGUCCCCCAUGGCGAGAGGGGGUUCCCCUAACCCCCAGGGGACACCAACCAUGACCAAGUUCCACUACUCCCCGCACAUGAGCCAGCAGCCCAAGCCCAUGUCACCGUUGGUCAAACUCUCCAACCCCCAGCCAGGGUCUCCGGCCCUCCACCCCAUCUCGGUCGCCUCCCCUGCUCUGCAGCAUGGCCAGACCAUUUUUGUCUAUCCGGCCAGUCCUGGUCCGAACCAGUUCCAGCCGGCCCAAGCCGCCCAGUGCAGGCCUCCUACCUCAAUUGUGCAAGGAGUGGCACCCCCCGGUGCAGCCAGUUCGGGGGUGACACAUAUAGCUCUUCAUGGGCAACCGCAUAUCAAUCUGCAAGGGAGCGGGAGUGGUAACCAGACACCAAAAUGAAAGCCCUCCUACCUUAGUCAUGCAAGGAGUAGCACCCCCGGAGACACAUAUAGCUCUUCAUGGUCAACAGCAUAUCAAUCUGCCGGAGAUUGGGGGUGGUAACCAGAAACCAAAAUGAAAGCCCUCCUACCAUAGUUAUGCAAGGAGUAGCACCCCCGGAGCAGCCAGUUCAGGGGUGACACACACAUAGCUGGGCAACCACCUAUCAACCUGCAAGGGAGUGUUAGUCGUAACCAGACUUCAAAAUGAAUGCAAGAGAAGAACCCUUCUGUGUUGAAGAAUGUGUCUUCAUAAACCCUUUAUAGGCAAUUUAAAUCAUAAUGAAACAUAAAAUCAUGUUAUUGAAAGUCAUCUCAAUUUUCACAAAGUUACAUAAACCCCAAGUAUAACAAUGUUCUGACCACUUAUAGGUAUUUUGUUGAAGUUAAACAAAAUAAAUCCAAUGUAAUAAAACCAAUUACUCAAUAUGCAUGAUGAUUGUCAAGUUAAGAUGUUUAUGUUUGAUGCAUGAAAUAUGAACAAUACUGCUCAGCGAAUGAGCACCAUGCUAAUUAAGUGCGUUUGCUUUCGAUAUAUCCUGUCGCUUGCAAUUCUCAUCAACGCUUCGCAAAAUCUUUGCUCCCUUUGUUGGUAUUCUCAAGGAGCCUCAACGGAAAAAGUUCAAAGCGAUGUUAUGAAUAAUUGAUGAAGUAAGGCAAUGUUCUUUUUACAAUAUGGAGGUAUUUGGUGAUGUCAGAGAAGUUAAAUGGAACAAAGCGUGUUUGCUUGGUGCAAUGAAGGAUGUCCUCAUGUUAUAGAAAAUGUUUUUGAGAGAGUGUUUACUGGGCAGUUCUAUAAUAAUAAUUAUACUUGCUUAUAUAGCGCUUAAUACUUUGUCAGAAGUCUCUAAGCUCUCUACAGUA